UAAAUGUUAUUUAUUUUGUAAAACCGUCAUUAUCCGAAAAAUUGGUUGAACCUUAUUUUUCGGGUCAAGAAAAAAAUUCUUCAGUUUUCAUUCUGUCAACUCUAAACCCUGGAUCCUGUUUACUUAACAUUUCAAACCCAGAGUACCUUAAUUUCCUUGCUUACGUGGUACAAUAUUCAAACAUAACAAUUAUACUAGUAGGCACAAGCAGAAGUGUUUUCCUAGAUUUGUAAAUUAUAAUCAUUGGUUGUGAUGUGUUUGAAUUAAUCAGCAUAUUAGCAGCUUCUGGGAAAUUGUAACCUCCUUUACUGAGCAGGUAAUACUGAAAGAAGAAGCAUUGAAAUAGGGCUUCUGAAUUAUCAUUCAGAAUCAGAAAAGGGGGAAAAUGAUUCAUUCUCUAAUGGUUUCAAAACCCUUUCAAUUGCUCCUUCUUUGCACUUUUGCUUUAUUUUCAGGCGUUGUAUUUGCCGAUCCUCCGUAUUAUAUUUGUUCCACAAGCAGCAGUUUUGCAAAAGGCAGUUCUUUUGAAAACAAUCUAACGAACCUCCUUUCCUCUUUAUCCUCCAUUGCUUCAAACUACAAAUUCUAUAAUACUUCUUCGUAUGGGAUUGGCCCAGAUAGAGUUUAUGGCCUCUACAUGUGCCUCGACUAUAUUACAAACGAAUCUUGCAAGACAUGCAUCACUACAGCAACAGAGGACAUUGUCAAACUCUGUCCUCGAGCCACAGAAGCAGUUGUUUGGGAGGAGUUGUGUCAAUUACGUUAUUCCAACAGCAAUUUCAUGGGUAUGUUGAAUGUCACAGGGAACAUUGGCUUAGAUAAUAAACAGAAUCUUUCAGAGCCAGAGAAAUUUGAGUCUGCUGUGAAUCAGACAAUAAGUAAUCUUACUAAGGUGGCAUCUUUUGGUGUUUCGGCAAACAUGUAUGCUACUGGAGAAGUCCCCUUUGAGGAUGAAACAAUAUAUGCCUUAGUGCAGUGCACCAGAGAUUUAACUGCCAGUGAUUGCAGUAGGUGCCUGCAAAGUGCCAUUGGAGAUAUACCAGGUUGCUGCUAUGCCUCCAUUGGGGGUAGAGUUCUGAGCCGUAGCUGUUAUUUGAGGUAUGAAUUUUACGCCUUUUAUCAUGGUGCAACAGGACCCACGGAUUCUUCAAUUGGGAAGAAAGAAGGCGAAAAUAAUUCAAGCAAAAUAUGGGUUAUUACAGGAAUUAUAGUUGUGGUUGGCUUGGUGAUAGUAUUUUUCAUUUUCGGACUGUACCUUGUCAGGAAUAAAAGAAAACGGCAGAGUAAGAAUGGAAUAGACAAUCAUCAAAUCAAUCUUGGAUCUCUUCGAGUGGCUACCAAUAAUUUUUCUGAUUUGAAUAAGCUUGGACAAGGUGGCUUUGGCCCUGUUUACAAGGGGAAACUUAGUGAUGGUCAAGAAGUAGCAAUCAAGAGGCUCUCAACUUGCUCUGAACAAGGCUCAGAGGAAUUCAUAAACGAGGUUCUUCUGAUAAUGCAACUUCAACACAAAAAUCUUGUAAAGCUUCUUGGAUUUUGUGUAGAUGGAGAAGAGAAGCUUCUGGUAUAUGAAUUUUUACCCAAUGGCAGUCUUGAUGUUGUACUCUUUGAUCCAAACCAACGUGAACGACUAGAUUGGACUAAACGCCUGGAUAUCAUAAAUGGAAUAGCAAGGGGGAUACUAUAUCUUCAUGAGGAUUCUCGACUAAAAAUAAUCCAUAGAGACCUAAAAGCAAGUAAUAUAUUGUUGGACUAUGACAUGAACCCAAAGAUCUCAGACUUUGGAAUGGCAAGGAUAUUUGCAGGAAGUGAAGGUGAAGCUAACACUGCUACAAUAGUUGGCACAUAUGGGUAUAUGGCUCCAGAGUAUGCAAUGGAGGGACUGUAUUCCAUAAAAUCUGAUGUUUUUGGGUUUGGUGUACUAUUGCUUGAGAUCAUUGCAGGGAAACGUAACGCGGGUUUCUAUCACUCUAAAAACACUCCAAGCCUUCUAUCAUAUGCAUGGCAUCUAUGGAAUGAGGGAAAGGAGAUGGAAUUAAUUGAUCCCUUGUUAGUUGAUUCAUGCCCCGGAGAUGAGUUUUUGAGAUACAUGCAUAUUGGACUGCUAUGUGUUCAAGAAGAUGCAUAUGAUAGGCCAACCAUGUCUUCCGUUGUUUUGAUGUUGAAGAAUGAAUCAGCAAUGUUAGGCCAACCAGAAAGACCACCUUUCUCUCUUGGGAGAUUCAAUGCUAAUGAGCCAGGUUGCGAAGAUUACUCACUCAAUUUCUUAACUUUGUCAGAUAUAGUGCCCCAGUGAAUGCAACUAAAACCUCCCUCCUAGUCUUUUUUAGUGUUUACUUUGUGGAUUAAGGAGCACCAAUUUUAUGUUCGUUUUUUUUAGGAUUUACAUGUAAAAUAAGUUUCAUAUUUUGAUAUAAAUAUAGUUAAUGUGGACACCUAGUUAUGCUUAAGAGGUAAGACUUCUCUACACACAUAUUUACCUAUAUUUUUUUUUACCAAAAAAAUGGUUGACAUCUAUGGGAUGCGAACGUCUGUAGCAAAGAUAACAGGGAAUCAUUAUACUAGUAUUAUUUUUUUGUUAGGUAUUCUCCUUCCAAAGUAGUUAUGUCCGAUUAAAUGUAAAUACAUUUCUCAACAAAAAGAUUUAAAUUUUAA